AUGACCGCUAAAGGAGACCAGGUAGCCCUGAGCUUCCACGAGUCCUGCCUACGAUUGUCCGACGUGGAAUUGCUGCAAGGUCCGUUCUGGCUGAACGACCAAAUCAUUUCGUUCUACUUCGAGUACCUGGAGAAGCUGAUCUACAAGGAUGAAGAGGACGUGCUGUUUGUCAGUCCGGAAGUUACGCAGUGCAUCCGAAUGGUGUCCGAGGAGGAAAUCGGAAUAUUUCUGGAGCCGCUGAAUGCGAGACAGCGGUCGUUCAUUUUCUUCGCUUUGAAUGAUAACGAAAUUGCGGAUAGAGCCGGCGGUUCGCACUGGAGUUUGCUGGUUUUCUCGCGUCCGGAAAAAUGCUUCUACCAUUUUGAUUCCUCGCACAACAGCAACUCGGAUAUUUGCCGGCAGUUUGUGGCCGUGCUGAAGCGUGCGUUAAACUGUUCGGAAGCUCAGCUGCGUACGGGAGACUGCCUACAGCAGAGCAACGGAUACGAUUGCGGUGUGCAUGUGCUUUGUACUGUGGACAAGGUUACCCAGCAGAUCCGGAAGACUGGAAAGAUUGAAGGAGUUAAGAGUGCCCGGUAUGAUGUGAUUUGUGGCAAACGGGAGGAAAUAUUGCACAUCAUUCUCGAUCUCGGAGGAAGGAUCAACUAG